GAACUAAGUGCACCUGAUGAUGCGUCUGAUUGGAUAAGAGCAGGUUAUAACGGUUCUUUAGCUAAUGUAGUUAACGAGGCUAUUAAAAAACAUGAAAAAAUUCAAUUGGUAACAUCUGAUAAAAGAAGUAAUUCCAACGAAGGUUCUAAAAAAAAUUCUGGUGAGAGUUUUGAAG